CGGAUGGCUUCCAUCGUCCGUCCAAGUCGCACAACUCCAUGUUUCUCAGAUCAACCCCACAGAGGCAUGAUUGAUUGCUUUUUGAUUCAGACUCGCGUCGCCUAUCUUGCCUCCGUCCCCAACUGCCAGUGCCAGUGGGUGGUUGGAACGACGUGGCGGGUAUGUGCCCUGCCUGGCUGAUCGCCACCGUCCACCCCGCGAAACGAUAACAUAUCUGGGUGUUUAAUGCUGGACCCCGGUCAAGGACAGGCAUUGCCAUUGGUCGCUUGGGUCUGGCUACGCGAUAGAAAUGCCGUCGACGCUGAACACCGUUUCUUCACCCGCCCGUCACUAUCAGCCGAAGUGGAAGGUAAGUGGGAGGUGGCAACUGGCAGGGUCUGUGAACCGUACGCUGUAGCUGUCUACCUAGGUAGCGAGCUCUAGGGUAGCUACAGGGGUGCCGCAACCGUCCCUCGGAUCAGAGAUAACAUGACUUCAGAUCAUGUCAUUGCUUGAAGGUCUGGCGUGUUCUUUUUCUCUAUCUUUCUUCACAGGCUGUAAAGGGAUAUACUCUGUUGCUCUGCACUGUUGCUUUCAAGUCUGUUUGGUCUAGUGAUUUACUUCUUCCUCACCACGCAUCCGACAACAUUGUCGAGCGGCGGGAGAUCGGAGCAGCAACAGCAGCAGCACUGACCCCGCGACGGCGAUCGUGCCGUACCGACCGGUGCCGACUUGGAACCAAGAAGCGGUCACUUGAUACACAGUCUACAGAGCUCGGAUCUGAUUAGAGGUCCUCUGCUUAACUCGACGCCUUAUCCUUCUUGCAAAAUGGCAGACAUGGAGACCGAUGAGAAAUCCGUGCCCAUCCAAACCCUCCCAGGAGGCCGGGCAGUUUCACCAGUCAAUCUGGAGGGACAACGUGCCUCGAUCUCAUCCACCAAGGCGGCGCAGAAGAUCAUCGCCCACAGCAAUGAUGCCGACGAGGCCAUGAAAGCGUUUGCCAGCGGCGAAGUUUUGGAGAUCAACGAGGCGACCAACAAACGUCUCCUGCGGAUCAUCGAUUGGCAUCUCAUGCCGUUGCUGUGCGUCAUUUAUGGACUCAACUACCUGGACAAGACGACCCUGUCGUACGCCAGCAUCAUGGGUAUCAAGAAGGAUUUGGGGCUCAAAGGUGACGACUACCAGUGGCUCGGGAGUAUGUUCUACUUUGGCUAUCUGGCAUGGGAGUAUCCGACAAAUCGACUUUUGCAAAGACUGCCGCUGGCGAAAUAUUCUGCCUUUUGCGUUGUCGCUUGGGGAGUUGUGUUGGCCCUGUUUGCGACGGUGUCUGGGUUUGGUGGAGCUGUGGCUAUUAGAUUCUUCCUCGGUGUCUUCGAGGCAGCCGUCACCCCCGGAUUUGCCCUCUUCACCUCACAAUGGUACACCAAGCGCGAGCAAGGCACCCGGACAGGCAUCUGGUUUUCCUUCAACGGCUUCGGUCAAAUCUUCGGCGGUCUGGUGGCCUACGGCAUCGCGGUCGGCGCUCGAAAACACGGCACGGCCAUUGCAUCCUGGAAGAUUGUUUUCCUGGUCAACGGCUGUCUAACUGCUGCGCUGGGGAUCAUCUUCUUUUUCGUCAUGCCCGACAACCAGCUCAACGCGCGAUGGCUGAAGCCCCGCGACCGUGUUCUUGCCGUCGAACGUGUUCGGAUCAAUCAACAGGGGAUUGGGAACAAGCAUUUCAAAAUGUACCAGUUGAAAGAGGCCCUCACGGACCCUUUGUCGUGGGCUUUUGUGUUUUAUGCCUUGAUUGCGGAUAUACCUAAUGGAGGCAUCAGCAAUUUCUUUUCACAGCUGAUCGUCUCGUUUGGCUAUACACCUGAAGAAUCUUUACUUUACGGCACACCAGGCGGGGCAGUCGAAGUUGUUGCUCUCAUGUUUUGCGGCUGGCUCGGUGACAAGCUGGGCCAGCGGAUCCUGGUGUCCAUGUCCGGCCUGACGGUCGCGCUGCUCGGCAUGAUUUUGAUUGUCGCCUUGCCUCUGGACAACAACUCGGGCCGUCUCGCGGGUUACUAUCUGACUCAGGCGUCGCCUACACCGUUCGUUGCGCUGCUCAGUCUUGUCGCUACAAAUGUGGCUGGCUAUACCAAGAAAACCACCGUUGCUGCCAUGUACCUUGUGGCAUACUGUGCUGGAAACAUCAUCGGUCCGCAGUGCUUUCAACCUAAGGAUGCGCCGAGAUAUACUCCGGCCGAAAUCACCAUUAUUGUCUGCUGGGGCGUUUGUCUCGUCGACUUGCUUUUCAUCUGGUGGUACUGCAAGCGGCAGAACAGAAAGAAGGCUAUGAUCAGGGCUGAGCCGGGGUAUAUCAAGUUGGAAAACCAAGAAUGGCUCGAUCUCACCGAUAGAGAGAACCCCGAGUUCGUGUACAGCUUGUGAAGACCGAUACACUUGUAGCCUUGACAACAGGCGAGUCUGUCGAGAGGAGUUUAGUUGUUGAGAAGCCGGCGUGUUGGCUCAUUGUCUAGGUGUGUUAGGUGGAAUCACUGUCUAGCAGCGAGAGUGAGCAGGGACAACAUGUGUCCCUUGCGGAGCAGAUGGUAUCGUAUCUGCUCCUUCGGCAUUUCAGGGCCCUUGCGUUGUGGCAGGAGCAAAGUGCGUGGGGUGUGGGUGUAGGAUGAACAGUUUCGGAGAGGCUGGAUGGCAAUGGCAGGGCGCUGACCCUGGACAGCUUGAUGUUGCCGAUGAACUGAUUGAUAUUUGCCAAAAAGGCCGUUACAGUCCCGUCGUGCCGAAACCGAAAGCGGUCUUGUUGGCAAUGGCAAUGCAGUAGCAUCCCCUAGUAAUGCUUCGUUUCUGUCCUGUCCACGAGGCUGUCGUUAUCUUUCUUCUCCAAGUCGUCUAUCUUGAAGUCAGACAUAGUUGAACUUUGGCCAUUGACCGUUGGCCGAAGGUGUCUCAAUUUCCCUCUGCUUACUUCAGGCAGGAGGAGGUAUGGUAUAUUCAGCAACCCAUA